AUGGACGCGUCAGGCAAAAAGCUGGCCACGACCGCUUCUAGCACCAAGUCUGACGUGGAUACACUGGAUUCCUACAGCUAUGGAAAACAGUUGGAGGAAGUCCGAAUCUCAAACACACGGCCUAAUACCUCGGCCCAGACGGGUGUUGAUGUGAGGGAGGCGGAAAAUGAUUUCUUGGAAUUGAACAGACAAUUCUCCAGCAUUUCGCAUAAAGCCCACCGGCUGUCUACACAAGCAUCUCGAGUAUCAAAGAUUGGAACUACCACACAGGAUGUUGAGAAAGCGGAGGGGUCUAUCCAAUCGGACGAUUCAUGGGACUUGGAGACAUCCCUCCAUGGUGAUCGUGUCGCUGCAGAAGAAGCUGGCAUCAAAGACAAGCAUAUUGGCGUUAUCUGGAACAACCUCACAGUUCGUGGAAUGGGCGGCGUCAAAACCUUUAUCAAAACGUUUCCAGAUGCAGUCAUCGACUUCCUCAAUGUGCCCGGAACAAUCAUGGACAUCUUCAGGUGGGGAAAGAAGGGCAAAGAAUUCAAUAUUCUGCAAGGCUUCCGAGGUCUUACACGCCCAGGUGAGAUGGUUUUGGUUCUGGGACGUCCUGGAUCAGGUUGUACAACUUUCCUCAAGGUGAUCGCGAACCAACGAUUUGGAUACACCGGAGUAGACGGAGAGGUACUUUACGGUCCCUUUGGAUCGGACGAAUUCUCGAAACGAUUCCGUGGGGAAGCCGUAUACAAUCAAGAAGACGAUAUCCAUCAGCCCACCUUGACUGUGAAACAGACGCUUGGAUUCGCCCUCGAUACCAAAACCCCGGGCAAGCGACCAUUGGGAGUCUCGAAGGCCGAGUUUAAAGAGAAAGUGACCAACUUGCUCCUGAAAAUGUUCAACAUUGAGCACACUGCAAAUACCGUGAUUGGUAACCAGUUCAUUCGUGGUGUCUCUGGAGGUGAGCGACGCCGAGUAUCAAUCGCCGAAAUGAUGAUUACGUCUGCAACGGUUCUAGCCUGGGAUAACAGCACUCGUGGUUUAGACGCUUCCACGGCUCUUGAUUUCGCCAAGUCGCUGCGCAUUUUGACAAAUAUCUACAAAACAACUACCUUUGUUUCGCUAUACCAAGCAUCCGAAAACAUCUAUAAGCAAUUCGACAAAGUGCUUGUGAUUGACCAAGGCCGCCAAGUAUUCUUCGGCCCUGUUGCCGAAGCUCGGGGAUAUUUCGAAGGCCUCGGAUACCGCGAAAAGCCUCGUCAGACCACACCCGACUAUUUGACAGGAUGUACUGAUCCAUUCGAGAGAGAAUUCAAGGAUGGGAGAAGCGCCGAAAAUGUACCAUCCACACCAGAAGCGCUGGUGGAAGCAUUCGACAAAUCAAAUAUUAGCGAGAAAUUAGAGCAUGAAAUGAAGACCUACCGCGACCAGAUCCAAAAGGACAAGCAGAUCCACGACGAUUUCGAAAUCGCCAACAGAGAAGCGAAGCGCAAGUUUACUUCUGACUCUUCUGUUUACUCUAUUCCUUUCCACUUGCAAAUCUGGGCCUUGAUGCAGCGUCAGUUUCUCCUCAAAUGGCAAGAUAAGUUUGCUUUGACGGUCUCUUGGGUUACCUCGGUCGGUAUCGCCAUCAUCUUGGGUACUGUCUGGCUCAACCAGCCCAAGACUAGUGCUGGUGCAUUUACUCGCGGCGGUCUUUUGUUCAUCAGUCUACUGUUCAAUGGCUUCCAGGCAUUUUCGGAACUUGCGUCUACAAUGCUGGGCCGCUCGAUCGUCAACAAACACCGUUCGUUUACAUUCUACAGACCGAGUGCACUUUUCAUCGCGCAGAUUCUUGUCGAUACCGCGUUCGCGGUUGCAAGGAUUCUCGUAUUCAGCAUCAUCGUAUACUUCAUGUGCGGACUGGUCCGCGAUGCUGGGGCUUUCUUCAUUUUUGUUCUCAUUAUCCUCGAGGGCUACGUGACCAUGACAGUGUUCUUCCGGACCGUGGGAUGUCUCUGCCCUGAUUUCGACUAUGCCAUCAAAUUUGCAUCUGUCAUCAUCACCUUCUUCGUCUUGACUUCCGGAUAUCUAAUUCAAUGGUCUGGCGCUCAAGUAUGGCUGCGAUGGAUCUACUUUAUCAACCCCUUCGGUCUUGGUUUUGCGUCCUUGAUGGUAAAUGAGUUCAGGCAUCUGACUCUCACAUGUACGAAAGAUUCACUCGUGCCAUCCGGCCCUGGCUAUGACGACAUCGCAAACCAGGCGUGCACUCUUGCUGGAGGCGAGCCCGGAUCUGCAAUUAUCCCCGGAUCCAACUAUAUCGCAGAUACCUUCAGCUACUUCGGCGGAGACCUAUGGCGGAACUUCGGAAUCAUGAUUGCUCUGAUCAUUGGCUUCCUCGCUUCAAAUUUGUACUUCGGAGAAACGCUUCAAUUCGGUGCAGGCGGCAAGACAAUAACUUUCUUCCAAAAGGAAAACGAGGAGCGAAAGAAGCUAAAUGAGGCAUUGAUGGAGAAGAAAGCGAACAGACAGGCGAAAACUCUUGAUUCCGAUGCAGGCUCAAAUCUGAAAAUUACCUCGAAAUCCGUUUUCACUUGGGAGGAUGUCUCUUACGAAGUUCCUGUUCCUUCGGGUACUCGACGUCUGCUGAACUCUGUAUAUGGAUAUGUCCAGCCUGGAAAGCUCACUGCGCUGAUGGGAGCAUCGGGUGCGGGAAAAACGACAUUGCUGGAUGUCUUGGCUGCGAGAAAGAACAUUGGCGUCGUGACCGGAGAUAUCUUGGUAGAUGGCAAGCCCCCGGGCACUUCAUUCCAACGAGGCACAUCAUACGCCGAACAACUUGAUGUUCAUGAGGAUAUGCAGACAGUACGAGAAGCCCUACGCUUUUCAGCAGAUCUACGCCAGCCAUUUGACACGCCUCAAUCGGAAAAGUACGCGUAUGUCGAGGAGAUUUUGAGUCUGUUGGAAUUAGAGAAUCUGGCCGAUGCAAUCAUCGGCACUCCAGAUACUGGUCUCUCAGUUGAGGAGAGGAAGCGAGUAACCAUUGGCGUUGAACUUGCGGCAAAGCCUGAACUCCUCUUGUUCUUGGAUGAGCCGACUUCCGGUCUGGAUAGCCAAUCUGCAUGGAACAUUGUGCGUUUCCUUCGAAAGUUGGCAGCUGCUGGUCAGGCUAUUCUGUGUACUAUUCACCAACCGAACUCUGCUCUUUUUGAGAACUUCGAUCGUCUUCUGCUCCUCCAGCGUGGUGGUGAGUGCAUCUACUGUGGUGACAUCGGCCCUGACUCUGAGAUCUUGCUUGAUUACUUCCGCCGCAAUGGCGCCGACUGUCCCGAGAAUGCCAAUCCGGCUGAGUGGAUGCUUGAUGCCAUUGGUGCUGGCCAAACACGUCGAAUCGGAGAUCGCGAUUGGGGCGACGUUUGGCGCACCUCUCCUGAGUUGGAGAAAGUCAAAGAGGAGAUCGUCCAAAUCAAGGCAAACCGAUCCCAGGCUGUCCGGGAGAAUACUGAAGAGGGACAUGUGGAAAGAGAAUAUGCUUCACCACUUUGGCAUCAGAUCAAGGUUGUAGGCCGACGAACUAAUCUUUCCUUCUGGCGCUCAAAGAACUACGGCUUCACCAGACUCUACACCCACGCUGUAAUUGCCAUCAUCACCGGUCUCGUUUUCCUGAAUCUUGACGACUCCCGCUCCUCGCUGCAGUACCGCAUCUUCGUCAUUUUCAACGUCACCGUGCUUCCAGCCAUCAUCCUACAAAUGGUCCAGCCACGCUACGACAUGUCGCGUCUAAUUUUCUACCGCGAGUCAGCCUCAAAAACAUACAGCCAGUUUGCCUUCGCGCUGUCAAUGGUCAUCGCCGAGAUCCCCUAUAGUCUCAUCUGUGCAGUGUGCUUCUUCCUCCCGCUGUACUACAUUCCCGGCUUCCAGACGGAGUCCAGUCGAGCAGGCUACCAAUUCCUCAUAAUCCUCAUCACAGAGAUGUUCUCCGUGACUCUGGGACAAAUGAUUUCAGCCCUGACGCCCAACAGCUUCAUCGCGUCUCAGCUCAACCCCCCGAUCGUGAUUAUUUUCUCUCUCUUCUGCGGCGUUUCAAUUCCCAAACCGCAAAUGCCAGGCUUCUGGCGUGCCUGGCUAUACCAACUUGACCCCUUUACUCGCUUGAUUGGCGGGAUGGUCGUGACAGAACUGGAGGGUCGCGAUGUUGUUUGCACAGAAUCCGAACUGAAUCUUUUCAAUGCCCCCUCCAAUCUUACCUGCGGCGAAUACAUGAAGCCAUUUUUUGAGAGCGGGGGUAAUGGGUACAUUGUCGAUGACGCGGCGCAGGCUUGCAAAUAUUGUGCAUAUAAGGUUGGAGAACAGUUCUAUGCGGCAUUCAGCAUGUCCUUUGAUCACCGGUGGCGUGAUCUAGGUAUCUUUGCAGCCUUUAUCGCGUCUAAUCUGAUUAUUUUGUUCUUGGCGUCUCGCUACUUGAACUUCAAUCGACGGUAG